AUGAACAAGUACCUGGUGCGAGGCCUCGGCUUCUUCAACGAUGCCUACGACCUCUUCGUCAUGAACAUCAUCAACGUCGUGCUCACCGAGCAGUACGGCAAGCACGUGUACACGUCGUACGUCAAGUCAUGGGUGUCCGCCGCUGCUAUCAUCGGCGCUGUCAUCGGCCAGCUGCUGUUCGGCGUCUUGGGGGACAUCUUCGGACGUCGAGUGAACAUGACCGCUACGUGUGUACUGCUGAUCGUCGGCAGCAUUCUGUGCACCGUGGCGUACGGUGGUGACGGCAGUGCCACGCUGUGGUUCCUGCCCGACAAUCAAGUUCAAUCAAGGGGCGAUCAAGGCGAGGUCAAGCGAGAGACGGAGAUGGCUGCUGCUGAUUGGAUGAUGACAUUAUCCUCGGUAGAGUGA